UGGAGAGCAGCCCAGAAGGGAGCGAGUGGGGGCGAUGCGGAGGUAGGGAUCAUUUGAAUUUCUGUGCUUAGGGUCCUGAGGCGGGACGGAUCAAGGGCCAGGCAAGAGUAUUGGUCCUAGAUCCAAAAAACACAACAGGCUUUUCCCCUCCUGGGUCAUUCUCCUAAAUCCCAAUGAGGUCAUAGCAAUGAAAGACAAUCAGAUCAAGAGAGAGGGGGAGGAAGAGGACGACGACGACGGAGAGAAAACCCAGACGGAAAGAGGCCAUCAGACAAGGUCGCUUUUCCUGGCGACACAGCAAUUGCGAGAAGCGUGGUGCUGAAUAUCAUCCGCCCGCUCUGGCUCCGCCUGGGGACCGAGCGACUCGCUGAAGCACUUUGCGUUUUCACGAAAACAAAGGAGAGGAGGCACGAGGAGCUGGCAGAGGGGAGCUGGGAGCACAAAUCCCCGUCACCUUGCAUCUCCGGGAAGCAAAGCUCCUGGCGGCACCGGGGAAGAGAAGGGAGCCUGAAAGGUCCCAGAAGCCACGAAGGGAGCGGGCUCUGCGCACGGAGCUGGGACGCGGCAGGACUCUGGACAGCGCCUGGAGAGCGGGGCUCCGGGGCUGCUCCGGGUCGUGGUCCUCCAGCUCUGCUCCCGUGUACCCUCUGGACCGCCACCCUCCCAGUCCAGCAAGAUCCGUCCGCUGUCCCGGAGUGAACGUGCCAGGGGCUGAAGCAGCUCUUUUGCCUCUGGUCUGACCAGGGACACCGUUCCCGUUCUGGAUAUCUUAGUCUUUGUGGAUAAUGUUUCACCGGUGAAGAAAGAAAAGUUUGGGGAUCUGGUAGGGGGAGCGGACUGGGGAAGGAGGACCUUGGAAGGAAGAAGGUGGAUGGGCGCUUUCCCUCUCUGAUCUGGAAGGAAUGAUGACCCGGGGAGGAUGUGCACCAGCGGCCAGAUCAUUGGGAGCCUCUUGGUGCUCUCCGUGCUGGAGAUAGGGCUGGGGGUGUCCAGCGUGGCCGUGGGGGCGGUCAGCUUCAGCCUGGCCCUCCGAGAGCACACGCCGCAGCUCGGAGACUCGUCCCCGGUAUGGAGCGGGGUGUGUUUUCUUCUGUGUGGCAUAUGUGGGAUACUGUGCGCCAAAAAAAAAUCAGGACUUGUUAUGAUCCUCUUUUCAGCAUGCUGUAUCUGUGGACUCAUUGGGGGCAUCCUGAAUUUUCAGUUCCUCCGGGCUGUCACUAAGAAGACCUCCUCCCUCUAUCCUCUGCAUCUUGCUUCCAUGUCUCUGGCAUGUAUUGGGAUUGGGGGCUGCACGUUGUCCUCCUGGCUCACAUGCCGUCUAGCCAGCUAUGAACAAAGGAGGAUGUUCUCAGAAAGGGAGCACUCCCUGCAUCACUCUCAUGAAAUGGCAGAGAAAAGAUUGAGGGCUAUUGAAAUAACCGACUUGCCCAGCUGCCCGGUGGUGCCCUCGACGCCAGAGUUACCUACAAGGAAAUGACAGACAACAUGAGCAAUGGAGGACCACAACUGAUAUUUAAUGGAAGAGUAUAAUCGGAGUUUAAAAGAACUGAACAUUUUUAGGAUGUUCAUGGGGCAAGGAGAUACCAGUGGAGCUAAAUUCAAGUAGUUCUUAUAUUUGCGGUUACCCUUCUUAGCUCUGCCUCACUUUCUCUGUAGCCCUUUCUAUGGAAUAAAAACUUCCUAGAAUGUUCUAGCUUAGUCACUUCAGCAGACUUACUAGAUUGUUCUAAAAAAGAUUUUCAGGAAAAAUGAAUUAAUAGAACAUAGGAAAGACUCAUAGUCUACACAAACACCAUUUGACUAGCAUGAGUAUUAUAUUUGUAAUUGCAUUCAUUUCACAUAAGUAAUUCAAAAGUUAAAAAAAAAAUAUUAAGAACUACCAAGGACUUAUUGAUGUCUUUGUUUU